AUGAGUGCAAAAGAGUUCACAGAUUUAUUGGUGGAAUAUAUAUUAGAAAGAAAAAUACAAGGUGACCUGAAGGAUGGGGAAGAUUUUAGCGACAAAAUAUGGACGGAUAUAAAGAGUAUGUUCAGCGAAUUAGGUGAAUACUUGAAUGAGCGAGGAUACCACAUUACGAUACAAACAAUAUGUAGGAACAACGAAUUCAGGAGCGAGCAUCUUAAGGAUAGCUUAAGUAAAUUUCUAUGCAGAGAGAUAGGAAAAAUAUUUUUUUAUAUGGAAGGAUUGAGUUCAGGGAACAAAAAGCAGGUAGGUAGAAAUGAUAGACAGCGGGAAUUAUGGAACCACUUGAAGUGUAUGGUAGGGACCGUGGCCCUUAUCAAGUUAUAUGGGAAGCACUGUAAAAUAAAAGAAAUAACGGAACAUGUUUCCAGCAUAAUGAAUAUGAUGGAGGAUUCCUUUGGACUUGGGCAUAAUAGGGAGAAGUGUAAAUGGGCCAACUUUGAUGCACUGAGAAUUGGAACAAGAUUUAUGGGAGAGGCCAUGGACGAAUGGGUUACAGAAUGGAGGAAACGCCAACACAGAAUAAAUGCAGGGAACCAGGCGCAAGUAUGUACCAGAAACAGGGGAACACAAGGUACAGAUGAUGCAGGGCAACAGGCUAAGGAAGGAAAUAGUAUUGAAAUAUUAGAAAGUACGAACCUAGGAACAGCGACGGAGUGGAUGGAUAAGAAAGAGUAUAUGAAGAAGAGUGACGUGAAGGAAUUGAUCAAGAAAGUAGGAGAGAGUAAGAACAGUCAGGAAGGUAAAAACAUAUUGAACACGGAAAUAAGCAAAUGGGAGCAGGCAAGGCCGAACGGACCCGAUAAAGAAACAGCACGGGCGGCCAUGCCGGCAGAGGCAGGCGGAAGAACAAACGGGGUACACGCAACAUUACGACCAACAACAUCAACAUCACCGGGCAUGUCAGAAGCGGAUAAAGCAGGUAACGCAGGUGGCACCGCCAAAAUAACCCCUGAAAAUCCAGCAGAUAAUGAGCCGGCAACACAAAAGGAACCGACAGCGGACAAGACCAAAAAGACAGAUGGGGACCCUGACAAGAAGAAGGCCGAGAGUAAAGAAGAGAAAACGCCGGAACACACUGAUAAGGCAGGAACACCCCGCGCACCAGCACCUGCACCAGAGGGAUCAGCGGGAGGAGCAGGAACAAACGUAGCAAGGAAGGAACCGGAGGAGGAACCACCUCCUCCCGCGCCGUCACCGGCCGCACCACCAGGACCACCACCAGCAUCCGUGUCCCCCCAGGCAGAACCAACAGUAGUGGUGCCCGGGAAGGAGGCCACACCAGCACCAGGAAAGGACGGCCAACCAAGUACAGGGGGCCAAGGACCUAACAAGGAUACCGCAGGUAAGAUUCCUCUGGAGACUGCAAGCGCAGGGAGCGUCCAUGUAAAAUCUCCCAGGAGCGAAGAAGAUUGUGGGAAACUUGGGCCUGACCCGGACAGAAUUUCUGAGUGCCUGGAAACAGUACUGGAACCAAAAGUACACAAUGUUAGCGUGCCCACCGACGAACCCGCUUCAGGGCAGUGGGGUAUUCCCGGCAGUUCGGGUUCAACAACCAUAUCCAUAGGAACUUCCACAACUACACAGAAUGUACCAACAGGUAAAGAUGUUACAUCGAGUGUAGACGUCUCCGGAUCCGCUGCAACAGAACCAUCAGCAGCAACUACGCCAACGAAUCAAACACAGCCAGAACCAGCAUCCACAACAACAUCAACUUCCAGUGGACCAGACCCAGCAGCACCCGGUCCCAAAGCUGACGGGGCCGCGGACAAUGCAGACACAGGAGGUCCUGGCCUCACUGGAUCCUCCGUUACCAACCCGGAUGGAGAAAACGCUGGCCUUCCACCUCUCAAUCCACCCAAACCAAAACCGAAUCCCGAUCAGACCGACAGCAGCAGCGGUAGCGGCCCGAUCAGUACUGGUGGUGAACCGGGUGCAGGAGGAGGCGGAGUUGGUGGUGGUAGUGGUGGAGGCGGGGGAGGAAGUGGAAGUGCUGAGAAAGAUGCUUGCUUGAGCUCAAAUUCAGGUUCCAGCAGUGGCGCCUCUGUCCUAUUAAUAGAUAUUCCUCGAUAUGCAGACGGUACGGGAGGACACUUCGGAACAGGACCAACACCAGGUCCAAGGGGACAAGCUCCGCAGAAUGGGCAAGAUAAUGGUCCCUUCUUGCCCGACCUAACCGGCACGGUCCUUACCGCCACUACUCCCAUCCUGUUUUUUCUCACUGCCGUCACCGUCGCCCUUCUUGGUUAUUCCCUCUGGAAGUACUUUGCGCACCUCGCCAAACGACGACGAACGUUUCGCACCGUGCGUGACGUGCCGUCACCGCAACUCGACGAAGAAAUAUUGCAGCAUCUACAACGAGGCGCACCGCCACCCGAUUACGCGUACACGAUGGUUAUGGAUAGGCGGGCUGCAUCUGCUGCCGACCGACGACGACGUCAUCCACGCGUGCAUAAACGCACGAUCAUUGAGCUACACUUAGAAGUGCUCCACGAAUGCGAAGCAGCCGCAUGGGAAAACGUCAAAGACGGCUAUUUGCAGAUAAUCGUGGAGGAGUUUGCGCAGGAUUUGAUGCGGGACGACCACAGGAAUAACAACAUCUUAGAUGUUUCUACCUCAGACCAUGGUUUACCAGGAAACCACGUUCCAUCCACCCUCGCUCCACCCACUGACUCGGAUGGAACGAACCCAUGUCCAGAUGAUGACCCCGCUCCAUGGAGUUGCAUGGAAACUAUACCGUUAGAAACGGGCCCUUGUGCACCGAAUGACUGCGCUUCAUGGAGUUGUAUGGAAACUACACCGUUAGCAACGGACGCUUCUCCACGUAACGAAGACGACCCCGAUCCAUGGAGUUGUAUGGAAACCAUGCAGUUAGCAACGGCCCCUUGUGCACCUAAUGACUGCGAUCCAUGGAGUUAUAUGGAAACUAUACAGUUCGCCACGGACCCGUGUCCACCAAACGAAGAUAACCACGAUCCAUGGAGUUGCAUGGAAACUACACAGUUAGAUGCACAACCCGACCCGCACUCCUCCCCGCGGCAUGAAUGCCCGAUCCCCGACGACAUUAAUUGGAUUAACUGGAUUGACCGCAACAAACGCAUAUUGCGGGAGUGCACGACGCAGCCGUGGGUUGUGCAAUUGAAAUCGAACUGGAAACAAUACCUCCGUGCACACAUGGUGGCAAAGGAGGACAACGGAGUAUCCGGGCAGCGUGAACUCACUGAACAAAGAAGUAUUGGAUGUGUGGAAAUGAAGAAAGAUGCCUGGAAAAAGUGGGUCGCACAGCAACAUCACGACAUGGCCAAGUAUAUCGAAAGCGAUUGUUUUAGGCAUUUGUUAGAAAAUAUCGACCAGGAGACAGUACCGGAAAAAGGCGCACUAUCCGUAGUCGACGCAGACUUCGCAGUGGAAAAUGUAAUGGCCGCAGAAGAUGUUCUAAGAGUGAGAGCUUUACCGCGCUCGCAGCCAAUGCAUCCGCAACCUUACAUGAAAAAACCGUUAACCGCUACAAUAUGGAUACUGAUCCUGGCAUUAAUCAUUGAAGAGUGCGAAGUCGAACGCAGUUUGCAGGCUAGGGAGUUAUAUGUAGAUGAACUAUUGCAGAAGCUCUGA